GGGGCGUGGGAACUCACAAGGUCAGGCCUCAAGGAAAGGAGCUGCUAAUAAAGGGAGUCCUGCCUUCCUCCUGCCUCACUCCUUCCUUCGGUCUCUCAGGCGGCGGCGGCUCACCAUGACGGUGGCGUGGACCGGCGUUGUGGUAGCGGUGUGUUUGGUGGCAGCUGCGGCGGCCCAGCAAGAGUGCCGAGUGUGUCCUGAAGAGUGCCAGACGGUGCCCCGCGCUGAUGGCUCGUGUGCUAUCUGCAUCUGUGACGGCGUGGCGCUGACUGACUGCCAGGUGCCUCUCGAAUGUCCUGAGGUAUGCCCUGUGGAGCGAGGAGCGGAGGGCUGCCUCCAGUGUUCCUGCGUUGGUCAGGAUGCGCUGUGUCGCCCGCUGGGAGCCUGCCCUGAGGAGUGCCAGCAACUCGUUCCAGACACCGGCUGCCCCGAGUGUAUCUGUGAGGAACGCGAGCCCGUUUGCCCGCCUCUUGAUUGUCCCGAGGACUGCACGCUGGUGGAGGAGGAGGGCGGCUGCCCCAGCUGCCGCUGCGAGGUGCCACGCGUCUGUCCCGCCAUACCCGAGUGUCUCCAAGGGUGCAUCGACCGGAACGAGGAACGCGAUUGUUACUUUUGUAACUGUGCCGUGGAGCCCGACCAACCUCUGGAGGGCGGCGUGGCCCAGCCGCAGCCCGCUGCUCCAGCCCUGCCGGACCAGAGGCCUGCUGAAGGUGUCAAUGAAGGUCUCCCCGGAGAGUUUGAUCCUGUUAAUGCAGAGCCUGUGGAACCUGUAGAGCCUGUGGAGCCAGUCCGUCCUGAGGUGGAGCCUGUGUGUGAUGACCAGCGCCUGGAGUGUGCCACUGACUGCCGCAUCGGCACAGACGCCAAUGGGUGCCGCAGGUGUUACUGUGGCGCCAACGCCAUGAUCUGCCCCGGCGUGCGGCGCUGUAACAGGCGUUGCCAGUACCGGAGCCCUGAGGACGGCUGCUGCCGGUGCCAAUGUGGUGGGCCGGCUAGUCGUCCCGGACUCAGGGUCACGCUGAGACGCCUCAUGCCGGCCUCUGUUAGACGGAUCUUCUCAGCUGGUCGUGCAAGAGGCGGGCGAGGCCAGCUUCCCUUCACUCGCAUUGUUUUCUCGUAACCAGCAGCCUGUCUGGGCUGGCGGAGAUCAGGCGGCGGAAAGCAGCGGCCAGUAGCAAGGGCCGGAGGGCUUUUGGGGAGAUGUUUGGUAUCCUAGAUGCGUGAGGGAUGCGUCAAGAGAGACAACGUUGCAUUUGCUACUUGUAUUGUUGACUUAUGAGUGUAUUACUGUAAUGUACGUUUUAUGUAUGUACAUUGUCCCUUUGU